ACUGGUCGAAGUGCGGCAGUCGGUAUGCAGACUUCAACAUGUCAGCCGUGAAAUUCACCACGGGCGUGCCACAACAGUCUGAAUCUUUGGACUUGGAGUGGACAAUCAAUCCGAUGUGCGAACCUGGCUUUUUGUACGCGAGAAAAAGGCGGAGUGCGGAGGACUUUCGUGCCAACGGAGGGAUUCGUGUCAGGCAAGGGGCCUCCUACACAACAAAGCUUCCUAUACUUCUGGAACCUGGCGUCAGCAUCAUUUUCGAGCUCAUUCCACAUGUUGACGAUGCACUGGCGUUAAAUAUUAAGAAGACAGGCGAUGAUGUAGUUAUGCAUUUCGUGUGUCGAGGACAACUGGACACACUUUUCAUCACGAGUAAGGUUAAUGGAGAUUUCAUAAGAACGGACUCAAUGGAUUGGUGCAUCUUUGUUAACGACGUGUCACAGACUCUGAUGUUUGAAAUACAGACAGACAUGGACAUUAUGCUUUCGCUGGACGGCCGCGUACUGACAACGUACGACAGCGCCAUCGACCCUCGCGUUGCGAGGAGUUUGAACGUCUAUGUAAGCGGCCCAGAAGAUUUCACACUGAACCGCAUCGAGUUUAUAAAAAUGUAACAUUGAUGCUCUGGACCUCUGGUAUCAGACCUACAAGUCAACCACUAUUGUUUUAAGUCGGCUACAACAUUUAAUUGUGUUUUUAAUGAUAAAAUUAUAUUUGUUUACCAUCGGGAAAGGUAAAGAAUUCUUAUAAACAUUCGUAUGGCAAAGCGAUAUUAUUUUCGAUUAUUUUAUCAGAUGACGCUUGUUAUGUCCUUACAGUGCGGAGUAUUUGCAUUAGUAAUGUUACUUCUAUUUCGAGUUCUUCAUCUUUUCCAAUCGCACGUGAACUAACAAAAUGCGUUUUUAUUUCAAUCUUAUGUAUACGUGACAUGUAAAAGUAAAGUGUCAUAACGCAU